AUUUGCACACGAUUACGCAAUUAAUUUGCUAUUUUUGUUUUCGUUCGAGAAAGAGACCGAGAGCAGAUAGCCCGGGACCGUAACCAUGGCGACCGGGAGCGCUGGCGGCGCGCGCCGCCUCCGACGGCAGACGUAAGUGACCCACGUCGCGGUCGCACGUUUCGCCGCGCCGUCCCGUUUCCCCGAAACGAAACCGUGAUGGUGCAAAACAACUGACAACUAACCUCAAUCAGUGAUCGAAGUGCUGUGAGUGUUGUGCGUGCAAUGCGGGUGUAUGUGUGACAAGUUGAAGCUGCGAGAUGCCGUACGAGCCGAGAUCAGGUGGCGUCGUAGGCAGCCAGGGAGUGUCGGUCUCCACUCAGGCGGACAUAGCACAUUUGGCCAAAGGCUACGAGUCGGAGGAUGAGAACGCGGGCAGAAAGCGGCAUAAGGCCAACGACGACCGGCCAGCCAGCAAGACCACCAUGUACUCUAAGCAGGAGUUCCGGGAGCAGUACUGCAUCAACAACAAGCAACUGGAUCUGCUGGAACUGGAAAAAUCCAAGAAGGACAGAUUUCUUGGAUGCCUCUCCCAGUACCACAUCGAGAGCCCCUGUUCAAGAGCCAAUCGAGCAUCAUUUCUAUCCGUAUGUGUCCGUCGUCGAGUGCCCUCGGAUGAGAAUCUCAACACCGACUAUGCACCCAUACAGAGGUAUCCCAGGUUCGGCCAACCCUCCCCCGCACCACCGGAGCUUUGUGCCCACGACGCCGACCUGGAGUGCUCGUACUUUCGCCGCCGCCCAAGAUCAGUGUGCAGCCAACCUGACCCCAAACGGUACACGUGGAUGCCUGAGGAUGAAGACUUCACCCGGAUGGAGUGGCCACAAUCGGUAAUAGAAGAUAACGCGGGUUGGCCGCAAAACUACAAUGUGGACCAAAUCGCGUCAGUCACCAGAGGGGGCUCGUUGCCGAGGCCGCCUUCAAUAAUACCCUGUCCCGCCCACACUCCGAUACCCCCACCGCCUCCGCCGCCACCUCUCACAAUACCCCCUCACAGGGCUAAGCACGUAUCGUUCGCUCGCUCGCACACGCUGACCACAUUCGACGACUCCGUCAUGCCGGCCGCUGUCAGCAGCAAUAGGUUUAGAAGAGACUGCGAGCGGCUUAUCGACGGACGCAUUAUUAAGCCUGAACCAAAGCCGUACUCCACACUGCCAAUCAUGUUCCAACCGUUCACGCCGUACCCACAAUAUGUCACGCAACCGCCGGCGCCGAUGCACUACACUCCAAUCACGCCGAUGCAGCAACACGCGCCCACAGUGCCCAUACAAACGCAGACAGAACAGCCGAAAGUCGUCGUGCUUGAUUCAAUAAAGAAAGGGGUCAUGAGGACACAAGCGACGCAGACUGAAGUGUGUUUGGGAAGAAAACCACUGCCACCGAAUUACUUGUCGCUUAGUCCUAGGACCAUUAAAAGGGUUAAGAUGGUAGCUGCAGGAGUACAAACGAAUGGAAUCACUGUUGGUCCUCGGAGGUUAACGAAAUCGUUUUCUGAAGUUGGUGGGGACCGUUUGGCUGGAGAUGCUCAAAAUGAUAUCACAGCGUCUGUGGAGAGUUUCAUUGGCAUUGAUCAUGAAAAACUUCAUCGAACGCAGUCAGAGGAACCACCAAGAUCACCUCGAUCACCCACUUCAAUGAUUCCACCAUCACCACACAUACAAAGGGGCGAUUCUGAAGACACCACUUCUUCUCCCAUGAAAUCAGUUGCAUCGUCACAAAUAGACAAAUCUUCCGAACUAAGCGCCCUGCAACGGCAAGCUCAAGAAUAUUUUCAGCAAAAUUUCCAAUUCAUCCAUGAAAGUGAUAGGGACGACACGAUAGACGAUGACAUAGAAACUAUAGAGAAAAGUAUGGCGCUAAAUAGAAGAAACUUAGAAUACCUUCAGCAAGAAAUUGCUAAGCAAGCUAUAGGAGAGAGAUCAUUAAGAUCAAUUUUAUCUAAAAGCACAAGCGAUACUUCUCAAAAAACAAGCUCUCAUCCGUUUUCAAAAACUUCUACAUUCCAAUCUGAACCUUCUACCGAAACGUCCGUUACGACGACUGAUGAUAGUGAGAAAAAUGAAAAAGAAAUAAUUAUAGAUUUUGAACCGAGGCCAGAUGAUGAAGCAAUACCAUUUACAACUCUUCGUAGAAAUAGACGUCUUCUCCAGAAAACUCUAUCUGAGGGUGAAAUUUUAUUAGAUGUACGUAAAACUGAAAUAUACACCAAUGGAGAUGGUGUCAAGGAUGCACCUCUUAUUAUGUCUACCAGUCAGGAAAAUAUGACUCGAGAAGACCGUGAACGAGAGGCGCUUUACCUGCAAUAUAUUGGUGAAAAUUAUGUUCAAACGCCAAUAAAAGAUGAAGGUAUCUUCGGAUUUGAACCAGACGGAUCUUUCAGUUCUUCGGACGGAAAUGCACCAUACGAAGAUUUUCAUGAAAAAUACAUUAGUUACAAGCAUGAUUCUUUUAGAAUUCGAAGCGUAAGUUUUGAAGAGCAAAUUGAAACUGUUGAUGUAAAAAAGGAUGAAAUUACUGCAACCAGCACCGCUAAAUCAAGUCCGGGUUCUCCAGAGCCGGUGAGCCUCAAUGUUGACAUCGACCAUAAAACAAAAAGAUCAGUUGUUUCUAAAACUGCUACCACUCUCACUCCUUUGGACAAGAUAUCGCCAUGUGCAUCAAAUGAGUCGUUGACUGUUGAUCCCAGCAGGGAUCAUUCUGACGGCAUGUGGAAUGAGUCUCAAACAACUGUUUUACAAGUUGAUUCGGGAACCGAAAAUGGAACUGUUAUAAGUUCCUCGGACCUAAGCUCAUUAGCAGCAUCACCAGGGGCUUUAGCGUUACUAACUCCUACAUCUAGAAGAAAACAGUUAUUACUGUUACAACACCAGCAAAGGUCAUCAUUAGAUACCGAUGUAUUAGACGAAGAGUUUGAUGCGUCGCAGAGCCAAUCUCCAACAUCACCAAGAAAUAAAUUAGAUACGUCCAGUUCAAGUUCCCAAGCCAGAAUUUCACUUUCACCGCCAGCCGUAGUUCCUAAUGUCACAUUACCAAUAACAAAACAACCUUUGAUAUCAAAGACUAUUUCAUCAAUCGCACCUUCAAAAGCUAAUCAUACGCCGGCUAUUGCAAUCACUCAUCCUAGUUUAGACUUAGCGGAUGUUCCAUUUAAAAGAACUCCAAGUUUUAUUAAUAAGAAGAGAGAAAGAGCACUGAGCCCGUCAAGGAGAAGAGAUUUACAGACUAAAGCUAAACCAACAGAACACAAACCAAAUGUACCACCAUUAAUAACAGAGGCGCCGUCAGAAACAGCGACGCUUUCAAAAGCCGGUAGUAGUGAAACUAAUUUAGCAAGAACUGACUCUGGAAAAACUAAUACUACUGAUGUUUCUGAAAGCACCACAACUACUGAAGACUAUGUUACUGCUAAUUCUGAUAGUUCUAAGAAAAGUACUAGUAAAAACCAAAAUCAAUAUCCUGAAAAUAACAAGACUCAGGAAGGUUCAUCUUUUGAAAGUGCGUCCAGUUUAUAUUCAACCACUCGUAACGAUAACGCCACAGAAGACUUAGUUGUGCCAAGUUUUUCUCCACCUUUAGAAAUCAAUGAUGAUUUCAUAGUACCUAAUCUAACCUCCCCUCCUUUACCGUUACCUGAAAGAUUGCCAAAGAGGACGGUAGAAAAAAUUGAGGUUAAAGCAGAUAUAACUCCAAGAACUGAACUUAUUAGGAGAGAUAAGACUGAUAAACAUAAAUCUAGUGACGAAGUCCCUAAACCUAGUACGACACGUGACGCAGUUAGCGGUAAAAGUAGUUCUAGUGGAAGUUAUAGUUUAGGUGGUUCAAAUCCUAACAUGACCGAAGAUGUGGGAGACAAAACAACAACAAAUAAAACAAAAAGGCUGCCAGAUAAAAUAGAGCCUCCACAUAAAACAAAAGAGGAAAAAGUAAUAAGUCCUAUGAGUAAUGUUCAACGAGCACCUAAAAUGAUGGGAUCGCUGUCUGAUGACGAAAGAAGUGCGCACUAUUCAUCAUCUGGCUAUUACGAAAGCCCUGUUGAUGAUGAUGAUGACGGGGGACUAACGUAUAAACAUUCUCAAAAAUAUAGAUCCUCGCAAAGACAAAAAACUUGGUUACUGGAAGAAAAACGGAGGAAAAAGAAGGCUUUUACUUUGGAGUUCUCUAAAUCUUAUGAUGAUUCAGUUUCAACGUCUCAGGAUGAUUGGGGCAAGAAGCCGACAGACCCUGAUAGUAUAAGCCAGCGGUCUGAACGAAGUGCAUUAAAAGGGGCGAAUUUAAAAUCUCCAGAAGAGAAACCAACAGAAGUUAGAAAAAAGAAAACUCAUUUUGCAGAUAAAACAAAAAGCAUACAAUCGUCACCUAGAGAAGCAGUAGAUGUCGAAAAAGCAAUCAAAGAAAAGAUGAAAAAAGAUAAAGAGUCUGAACCCAAACGAUUGGAAAGAGAGCGGUACGUGAAAAGGACAAAGCUAAAAGCCAAGAGUCCUACUCAGAGUAAGCCGGCGGAUGGAAAUCAUAGACCACAAAUUUACGACAGGAGGGAUAGUGUGGGACCAAAUAUGAAAUUACAUUUAAAUAUCCCUACCUCAGAUGACUCUAGUGAACAAUAUCGAAAAGAUGGGCCAAGUAACGGGAAUAUUUCUCCGAGAAAACAUAGACGUUUACGGGAUAGUCCAAGAAGGAAAACAACUCAAAAAACAAAUUUAGUUAGCUCUCCAACGUCAGCAAACGCUCAUACAAGUUACAGUUGCCGUCCAAGAAGAAAAAGUGCUUCUAAUGAAAGUAUAUCGCUUCCUGGAAGCCUACCUAGAAGAAAACAGUCCAUUCCUAUUGCCACUGGUCUCAGUUCAUUAGAAGCAGAAGACAUUGAAACGACUAAGGUUCUUACCAGUGCUGGGUCUAGAUUGACUCCAUUACGCUACGUCAAAAGUCCGACGUCAUCACCGCGGCAUCAUCGCAAGCAGGACAAAGAAGGGAAAUUCGCUAAAGCAGCAUCUGCAGAAUCCCUGCGCUCGGUGUCUCCUGGGUCAGACUCUGUGUUUUAUUCAGAGCAAACGGAGCACAGUUUCGCUGGUGCCGAUGGGGAGGCCAAAGCGCAUUGUUUACACUGCGGGAAGGAGGUUCACAUUGUGACUGCGGCCCAUGAGCAUGACAGUUUGGCUUCAAGGACUUCGCAUACAGACGAAUCAUACGCAGAUGCGACACCAGACAUAGUCCCCGCGCCUGCUGGUUUUGCCGACUCCCCAAACUGUAUGUCUUCAAAAAAAGGAAAUGGUGCUAGAUUAUAUAAAAAGCUAGAAAAGAGAUAUCGAUCUGAAGACAAAUCACGGCAACAUAGGCAUAGACAAGAUGUUAGAGCAAAGUCUGAAGAAAGGGGUAAAGAAGAGUAUGCAGCCAGUGAAAAACCCCAGGACACACGUAUCGCGAGAUCUGCUGGAAAUAGUUUGGAUAAACUUGCUGGCUCCAGCGGAAGUGUCGAUCCUGACGAACACGAAGAGUGUUCUGUAAGUUCGGAGGGAGCGGACGGGAGUCGCAAUGAGAGAGGCGUCUACGCAGCUCCAUGGUGGUGCGGCAACUGGAUAUUGCUAUCUGAAUGUGACGACAGUUGGACGAGGAUACCGCCAGACCUAAUAGACACCGACAUGAGUUCCGAAGACCCCACGGAGUCAGAAACGGAGUUCAACAAGCGUUACGUGGCCCUGACGCAUCGGCUGGUCCAUCGGAGGGCGUGUAUCGAGCUCAAUCGGCGGCAGUCUGAUAACACGUUUGAAAGCGACAAAACAGUCGUCGUCCGCCGUGGCAAUGAGGAGUUCGGCUUUCGGAUCCACGGGAGCAAGCCAGUCGUCGUGUCAGCGAUCGAACCCGACACGCCCGCCGAGACCUCCGGCCUCGAGGUCGGCGAUAUCGUCAUAGCUGUAAAUGGUAUCAAUGUAUUAGACAAAACACAUUCAGAAGUAGUAAAAAUAGCGCACUCCGGUUCAGAAAUACUUGAAUUAGAGGUAGCACGAACAUGUGAAGUGGUAGCUUCUUUAGCCCACGAAAGCGGCCCAGCAGCCCUUUAUUCAGGCUAUUUAUGGCGAGCCGCCCCCCUGAGGCCGCACCACCCGCCGCGGUGGACCAGACGGUGGUUCGUCCUGAAGAGGGACAACUGCCUGUAUUAUUAUAAGACGGAUUCGAGUAUUCACCCCGUCGGAGCGCUCAUGCUAGUAAACUACCAACUGACGGAAGAGGACGCGGGCAGACCGCACGGCUUCCGACUGCAGCGCGGCGGCGGCAACCGCUUGCAACUAGCUGCUGACAGUGCCGAGGCUGCCGCUAGAUGGCGCGCUGUUUUGGCACAUGCUAUUGAUACUAGUAAUCAGCGUGACGGUUGGCUCGAAGUAACGAUGAGGAGCAUGAAGCUACCUCCAUCCUCAAUACCCCGUCCGGACUGCUUCGGCUACCUGAUGAAGCUGGGCUCUAAGUGGAAGUCGUGGGCCAAACGCUACUGCGUACUGAAGGACGCCUGCCUUUAUUUCUAUAGCGAGGGCAACAGUAAAAAUGCAUUUGGUAUGGCAUGUCUCCACGGGUACAGAGUUCAGACCUGCGCGCCAGGAGGCAAGAAAUACGCCUUCGAAGUCAUGCCUACCGAGCCCAAGCAGCGACACUUCUAUUUCCACACAGAGUCAGAAAUGGAUAGGAAACGAUGGAUGGCGGCUCUGGAAUAUUCUAUAGACCGAUGGAUGAAGGCUGGUUGACGACAAUGUCUCGCUUUAGAGGACUCCUACAUAUUCUUUAUAUUCUAGACACAAUUAUAAUUAUUUU